UAUUGGAAUCAUAAAUGAUUAUUUGUUACUAUAUUUUUAUACUUUUCGAAAGAGUAAGUCCUAUAUUAAAAUUUCAUAGGAUGACAAAAGUAUUUUUUCAGUUAUGAAUUGAAAAAGGUUUCAAUCGUGAUUCCAAUACCUCGGAGAGUAUUAGGAAAAUGCAGGUGCUGCGAAUGGUUAGGCUACGUUUUCGACUCAAAAGCGAGUCUAAAUAAAAGUAGAAUGAUGCUUUCAACAAAAUUCUAAAUCUGUAAAAUAAACAAAUUAUUUGUAGGUCUGUGAUUCCUGUUAUAAAACCAAAUCUUUCCGUUUAUUUAGUUUCAGAUAUUUUACAAUUAAUUCUUUUUACAAUUAGUUUGUCAUUGUUAUUAUUUUAAAAGGCCUAACUACUUUUCAAUUGUCAUCAAUAAACGAAAGGUUUUCCAGUUUAAAAAAUAACUAUUGAAGAAAAACCAUUAAGAAUAAUUAUCCUUGAGCAAAUUGUCUAAGGGACCAUUACCAUAUUUGGGAGCUUCUAAGAUAUGUCAAGAUCCUCCGAGCGUUAUUUAGCUUGUAGAAAUCUCUCGCGACACAUAAUUUAUUAAAAUAUCUCAAUGUUUAUAUAUUAAAAUAUUUUCGAAAGGAGCCGAUAUGGAAUGGAAGAGGGGAAAAAAAGCAUUGUUUAUAUCGGUAGGUUUUAUACGUUCAGAAACCGUUAACUGCUGUAAUGUUUCUAUACAACUUCCAUAAUAACCCAUAAGAUCGAAGUCUGACCGGUCUGAGCCUAACAACUCACUUUGGACCAACCAAUAGCGGGAAGCUUUUAAAAACAAUCAAUCAACGCUUACUACCUCCCGUCCAACCCGAAGGCAGGAUACGUAAUUGGCUGUGAUAAGGUACCCGCCUUCCGUAAUAGGGUGGGACGGUGGAUAGCCUUGUUUUAGGUCGUGAUAUUUGUGUGACGAGCCGUACCGAAGCGGCCAUGCACACUCUUCGCUCGGCUGAAGAUUUAGCGACGGGACAAGACAGAGCCACUUCAUUGGCAACUGUUCAGGACGAUUACGUAGUGAGACCGUCCAAAAUCGCAGGGAAAAACAUUCUUCAUCUAGGAAAUCCGUUAGAAAAUGAGAAACAAACUCACGAGACGGAUUCAUCCAAAGUACAUAACAAUAAGCCGUCUUCUCCAGAAAAGUCGAAAAUUGCUCAAGAUUCGAAAGAAAAAACGAAAAAAGAUGCCGUACAAGACGUCAACACCAUCAGACGAUACAGAACAGCCUUCACCAGAGACCAGCUGGCAAGACUCGAAAAAGAGUUCUGUAGAGAGAAUUAUGUAUCCAGACCACGGAGAUGCGAAUUGGCCUCCGCUCUCAAUUUACCCGAAAGCACAAUAAAGGUAUGGUUUCAAAAUCGGAGAAUGAAAGAUAAACGGCAGAGGAUGGCUUUGGCAUGGCCUUACGCGGAUCCACAUUUCACUGCUUACAUGCUCAGUGCUGCAGCUACAGCGGGUUCUGCAGGCUAUAGUUAUCCUUUAUCGGCAGGAGCUUUACCAUUCAACUAUUAUAGUGCUCUAUCUUCUAUCGCACGAUAUAGUCCCUACAGUUUACCCGUUAGACCGCAGUCAUCUUUAAUCACUCCGACGUAUCUACGUCCAACUGGUUCCACCAACGGAGAAGUCACUCUAUCGGCAGGCAGUAGACACGGCGGAGUAUCGCCUGCCGAUCCCCAAUCUAUUGUAAAUGGACACUUCACGACGUGUCCCGUGCCAACAUCGCCGGCAUCGGUGGCAGAAUCGUGCAGAUGUCACCUGUUUGGUUUUCCAUCUACCGUCGGCCUGGGAGUUCCGAAUGGUGCGAACAAUAUCUCUCUUAGUACACAUCUGGCUUGUUCUACUGGUCAAACUAAUGUGGAUGCACCUCGUCCUAACCUUUUUCAACCGUACAAGACUGACGUAGAGAGAGUAUGACUUGUACAGAUUUAAAUUUCCAGUUUUGUUAUCGUUUUAUCCAAUACAAAGCACGCAUCUUCUCGAAGCACACGAUUCUUCUCGAGUUGUCCAACGCAACGUUGUAACAUAUGAUAGAAAUUUAGCGAAAAACUGAGCAAUUUUAAACGUAUAGAAACAAUUUCUAAACUUCUGAGAAAUAUCUAUUAUAAAUAAUUAUUUCCAAUUUGAGUUAUGCACGUUAUUAGUCAUUAAGGACAUUUAAGAAGUAUCCUACGUGCGAUAGGACGAUUAACUGUAGAUAGUUUUAGUUAUCGAACGAUUUCUCAAAAUGAGAAGAAAAUUCUUCGUCGCACAUUUUGAUAUUUAAUGUUGUUCGCUGUUAAUUCUGUUGGGUGUGCGUAUUCGGAUCUUUCAUUUCUGAAUAAAUGUUUCGCCUCGUAUAAAAACACACGAAUUGAUCAAAAAUUUGUCGGAAGAGUCUCAUUUUAUAAUAUUUAAAAUCAUUCUUACGAAAAUGUGAUGAUCAUUCGCCUCUCUAUUAUAAUUAGGCUAAAAUUCUCCUUGCCUAUUCCUCUUACAUUCCGAUGUUUUGAUCUAUUCGCAUGAUGACGAGUACGUCAUUGUACAAGACAAUUUAAAAUGUCCUUUUUUCUACAAAUUAUUUCCUUUGAGAUGUAUAUAAUGUACAGAUGUGAUGUGUAAUUAUGU